AUGGUGAAGGCUUCAGCUCGCUUCGUUGCGGCUGGCGGCAACAGACACCCUACUGCGGCCGACUGGGACCCAUACGGCUCGGGACUGCUGGCUUUUGGCGCCGGAAAUAACGUUGCGCUUUGGAACCCUUUGGACCCUAGUCAGCGUGGCUGUUAUGCUACUCUCUGCGGACAUACCAAGACGGUCAAUGUCGUCAAAUUUCUUCCAACUAGUAAUACAAGCAACACUAUAAUCCUCAGUGGUGCCGCCGACAACACCAUCCGCGUCUGGACUAGCGAUGUGUCAUCCCCCACCGGGUUCCAACAGAAAGAAGUUCUCUCCGCGCACACCGCGUCUAUUAACUGCAUCGCAGUACUGCCAGGCUCAGAUAUAUUCGUAUCAGGUGCUGCCGAUGCGACAAUUAGGACGUACAAGAUUGAACGUUCUGAUGACGGGGAGUUCAGCGGCGUUCAAGCCCUUCAAACGAUUGACCUUAAGCAAAAGCCCCAAGCCGCAUACUUUCCUAUGACCAUAAGUCUAGCUCGUCUUUCUAAUUCUUCUCUCAUCCUUGCCUCUGCUGGCACCAAGAACAACAUCCAAAUCUACACUCAACAAGAAUCGGGCUUCACUCUUGCCGCCACACUUAAAGGUCACGAAGACUGGAUUCGGUCACUAGCAUUCAUUCGCGAGGGAUCGGAUGAAUCUUCUGACCUUCUUCUCUCUUCGGCCAGCCAAGAUAAGUAUAUCCGCUUGUGGCGUAUUCACCAAGGCGAGGAGCUCCCCGAGGUCAGCAAAGCCGCAGACAACCCCGCUUUAGGUGCAUUGGGCAAGUCAUUGCACAACAAGGCGCAUAUAUUCUCGUCUAACAAUGUCCCUUACUCCAUCACAUUCGAAGCACUACUUGUUGGUCACGAAGACUGGAUCUACUCUUCAGUGUGGCGUCACCAACCUGCCGGUACAAGCGAAGUGCCGAAGCUCCAGCUCCUUUCAGCUUCUGCAGACAACAGUAUAUCAAUUUGGGAAGCGGAUCCCCUGUCCGGAGUUUGGGUGUGCAUAACGCGGCUCGGCGAAAUCAGUGCUCAGAAGGGAGCGACCACUGCGACGGGCAGCACAGGCGGCUUCUGGAUCGGCUUGUGGUCGCCCGAUGGCAACAGUGUUGUCAGCCUUGGUCGCACGGGAAGCUGGCGUUUGUGGAGUUAUGGGGCCGAGGAGGACAGAUGGACGCAGCGUGUUGCUAUCACUGGACACGUCAAAUCUGUUCGGGGCAUUUCAUGGUCCAACGACGGAUCAUACCUCCUCUCCACUAGCGCGGACCAAACGACUCGCCAAUUCGCGCAAUGGCAGAGGGACGGCCAGACGUCUUGGCAUGAGUUCUCGCGGCCUCAGAUCCAUGGCUACGAUCUCAACUGCGUGGAUGUCAUUACUCCACUUCGCUUCGUUUCUGGUGCCGACGAGAAGCUGCUUCGUGUCUUUGAUCAACCUGCUGCCGUUGCGAACUUGAUCGAGGACUUUGCCGGCGUGGCGGUUCGGGCUGCCGAACCGGACAAAGCGCUGCCAGACGCUGCCAACAUACCGGUGCUGGGUCUUAGCAACAAAGCCAUCGAAGCUGUCGCUGAUGACCAGGCCGCCGAAGAAGCAGUCAAUGGCGAUGCAGACGAGCGAGAGGCCGUAGAUCCUGCAUCAGUGGUGCACAAAUCCACGUUAAACCUGGCGCACCCUCCACUCGAGGAUCACUUAGCCCGGCACCUCCUCUGGCCCGAAACCGAGAAGCUGUACGGCCAUGGCUACGAAAUCAGCACCGUCGCCGCAUCUCACGAUGGCACCGUAGUCGCCACAGCUUGCAGAGCCACAAGCAUCGAGCACGCGGUUAUCCGGCUCUACGAGACCAAGACCUGGCGCCAAGUCAGCCUAGCCAAGAGCGAAGCCAGCGCAGACGAAACGGGCACCCCGACCAUGAAGCUGCACUCCCUCACCGUCACCGGGCUCGAGUUCAGCCCUGACGAUGAGUACCUCCUCAGCGUAGGACGCGACCGGCUGUUCGGGCUCUGGAAGCGCAGCGCGCCAGGCGCAACGGACUACGCCCUCGCGUUGACGCAGGACAAGGCGCACACGCGCAUGCUGCUCGACGCCAGCUGGGCGCCGCUUCCCUCCAACGAUGCUGCUGAUAGCCUCCGCAUCUUCGCCACCGCAGGUCGCGACUCGAAGGUCAAGCUCUGGCAUCUCACGCCCGGCAGCGAGGACGCCGGCCCCAGCGUCGCCAACAUCUCGACGCUUCCGGCCGAGGGCCCCGUCACUGCUGUUGCGUUCUGCCCUGCGCUGCUGCCCAAUGGUACGUUUGCGCUGGCGUACGGGACCGAGAAGGGCGCGGUGACCGUGGCGGUGUUCAGUUUUGAGAAGGUAGACCCGUUGGCGCUGGUGCCGGUUGAGGCGGCCGUAGCGCCCAGCGAUGCUGUUAAUGAAUUGGCGUGGAGGCCGGCGAGAGAGGGGAGGGAAGGCGAGCUGGAGCUGGCCGUUGCGAGUGAGGAUGGCAGUGUUAGGAUUUUUGGGGUUGAGUUGGAGAGUGGUGCGGUGGUGGCGUAA